UUUUUUACUGUGCACUGUGUGCAGUUUGUUGUGUGGUUUGCUGUAAAAGUUUAAAUUUCGGCAAUUUAAGAAAAUGAAAAUUAUAGUUGCUGGAUUUGCAAAAACUGGAACAAAGUCCUUGACUGCAGCAUUGACAGAGUUGGGCUACGUUGUUUACGAUUAUUUGGAAAACUUCUCCUACUUAGGAGAUGAUUGGCAACGUAUUUUAACGAAGGGCGGCACGACAGAUGAUUUCCGUCGAAUGUAUGAUAAUGUAGAUGUCACUAUUGAUUCACCAGUGUACUUUUACUGGGAGGAAAUUCAUCGAGCUUUUCCAGAUGCUAAAAUUAUUCUCAGUAUCAGAGAUGAAGAUUCCUGGUUAAACAGUUUGAAAAAGCAAUCAGAUGAAAUUAGUAAUAAUACUGUGCUCCAUUUCAUGCAAACUUUAUCACCGACGGGAAGAAAAUUUUUUAAGUUUAGUCAGACGUGGGUGAUGGCUGUGUUUGGAAUAUUUAUGAAAUCACCUUUCCAUGAUAUUCCCUUUAACGAUAUGUUACAUCGUAUUACAUACAGACAACACAAUAAAUAUGUGUUGGGGACUGCUCCAAAAGAUAAAUUACUUGUAUAUAAGGUUAAGGAUGGUUGGAAACCUUUGUGUGAUUUUCUUGAGAAAGAAAUCCCAGAUAAACCCUUUCCUCAUAGAAAUAAGGGUGGGGCCUUUUUUGCAGAAAACAAACUUCAUCCAGCAUUAGUAAAAAUGCAUCGUGAAAUGUUGUUGUCUGGUGCUGCCCUUUUUACACUUGGUGCUUUGGGAUUUUACCAAGCGUAUAGGUAUUUUUCCUAAAAUAUAAUUUGUUUCAUCCUACAACAAAUCGUGCUUUAACGUUACAGUUUUUAAAAAGUAAAUAUGCAACAUUCAUAUUUUAAAGCUUAAGAUGUGCGUGUGUGUAGUGAAUUUGCCAAUAUUUUACUCAUGUUAGAACUUGCAAUACCCAUUAUUUUUAAUAAUAAAUUGCAGUUUAUAAUUGUUUCCCUAAUUUUGUAAAGGAGGGUGCUUGUAGAAUCUACCUUUUUUCGCCAAUGUUUUACUGUAAUCAGCAUUACUCAUUAUAAAUUAUUAACCAAUUGUUUAUUGAUCAUUUGCAAAUUUUAUUUAUAUAG